CUGGCGCAGACUCAUGGCGGUGGCGUCUCCGCUCCACUGCACAAGCGCGGGCGGGGACGCAGGCGCGGGGCAAGGCAUGCUGCUGGCCGGGUCUGGGCCACUUCUUCCCAGAUUCAGCCACAAUAUGGCAACUCUUUUUAUAAGGAAAAUGGUGGUUUCUGCUGUGAACCCUCUCCUACGUCUGAGCCGUUACACAAUGAGAAAUUACACAACGACACCCCGCGCGCUCUCCACGCUCCUGCUGGGUCCCCUGCGUGUUGCAGGCCCUGCAGGUGCGGAGCCCAGCGCAGCAGUGGCCUCUCCUCUCUCCUGCCAGCCCCUGCCCUUCCUGCAGCCGACUCUGGGGUUCAAGACCAAGGCCGUCCUCAAGAAGCGUUGCCCGGACUGUUACCGGGUGAAGAGGAGUGGGCGAUGGUACAUCUACUGCAAAAUGCACCCAAGGCAUAAGCAGAGACAGAUGUAA